AUGUGGACCUCGUUCGGCGUUGCCGUCAUCGAGCUCGUGCUCAGCUAUCUCCAGCUCAUGCCGUCGGGCACACCCGAUUGGGUCCUGCUCGCCGCCCGGUCGUCGCUGCGGUCGCCUGCCGCCCCGAUUGUCGCCAGCACUGGCGGCGCCUUGCCCCAAAGCACUGCCGUUGGCGCCGGGCCUUUCCACUGGUCCUUGUGUCCCGACCACGCUGAUGACGCCCGGUACCAGUGCGGCUACCUCACUGUGCCGCUCAAUCACCUGGACCCGACCAACAAUGCGACUCUCGAUAUCGCGGUUCAAAAGUACGUCUCGAACGCGACGGCGCCACUGGGGACGGUCCUCCUCAACCCCGGCGGUCCGGGCGGCGCUGGCACAACCAUGGCAACACCUGCGAUCGCAGACAUGACGGGCGGUCAGUACGACGUCCUUGGCUUUGACCCGCGUGGCAUUGGCAAAUCGCGCCACCUCCGCUGCUCCAAGAACCGGUUCACAGCAGCCAUUGAAGGUGCGGCACUCGCCAAUGCCGACCUGGUCGGCACCUCGGAGUCCACGAUCGACGCCUUCGUCUCCAGCAACUAUGCGCUGCCGAUUGCGCGCUGCCACCUCUACGACGGCGACUACCUCCCGUACCUCUCGACCGCGUUUGUUGCCCGGGACAUGGACCUCAUCCGCGCCGCACUCGGCCAAGAUCUCAUGCACUACUAUGGCAUUUCGUACGGCACGUUCCUCGGGGCGACAUACGUCAACAUGUUUCCGAACCGUGUCGGCCGCGUCGUGAUCGACUCGGUCUUGGAUCCGGAAGUGUACACUGGCCCCGUCACAAACCUGCUUUUGCGUUCGUACUCGGACAACGACGCGAGCUUUACGGCCUUUACAGACCAGUGCGAGGCCGCGGGCCCACUGCAUUGCCCACUCGCGGACGCCAACGCGACGCGCCCGUACCUCAUGAAGCGCCUCCAGGCCUUUCUGGCAGCGGUCGAGACCAAGCCGCUGCUUUUCAAGGGCGGCGACGACGUGGUGCGCGUGACGGCGAAGGAGAUUCGACAAAAUAUCUUUGGCUCCAUGUACUCUCCGCAUGCUGCGUGGCCGCCGCUGGCGGCUACCCUCCACGCGAUGCUCAACGGAACGUACGAGUCGCCGAGCACCAACUCGAGCUGCGCGACACUGGACGCAGACCUCGAUGCUGGCAUGGCGACGAUCGCGUACGUUGGCAACGACGGCGCGCCGUCCAAGGGCCUCAACUGGACCGCGACGAUCCAGGCAGCGCAGAAACUCGUGCCGCUCUCAGGCCUCGUUGGCUUUGUCAACUUGGUCGCUGUAAAAGCGUGGACCGCCCGCCCCGUCGAGCGCUUCACGGGCCCGUGGACGCACAAGUUGGCCAACAAGGUGCUCGUCUUGACCAACCAAGUGGACCCGGCGACGCCGAUGCUGAGUGCGCAAAAUGUACACCGCCUUUUGGGCAACGACAAUGCGGUGCUUGUGACGCGCGAGGGGUAUGGCCACGGCGCGCUCUUCAGUCAGCCGAGCACGUGCAUCCACAAGCUCGUGGCGGCCUACUACUCCAACGGGACGCUGCCGUCGACGACGUUUUGUACGAUUGACGCGACGCCGUUCGGCCCCGCGUCGCGACUUUCGGAUGCGAUGCAUGCCAUGAUGACGCUUUCGACGAGCAUCGCCAAGCCAGCGCGGAUGUACUAGUAACUCGCAUCGAGAGUACGCACCAUUGCGUGCUUGCUGAGAAGGACCGACGAAUAUCAUAUUGAUACAGUAUAAGCACGUGAGAGAGAUGACAUAGUCG